UUCAAAACUAGCAACUCUUCUAUACACUCCUGCAUGCCUUCCACACCUUCCAUGACACCAGAUCCACUGAAUAAUGCUUCAAAUUCUUACUAUAUGCUACUUCGAGUGUUGUUCUUUCGUUUGGUCCUCGGUCUUCAAGUUGAGUCUUCCCUUUCCAUGGAGAUAAUUGCCUUUUGGUUGUGGCUCCAACAAGGGAAUGGCCAAGUUGGUUACCUUGAGCACAUAUACUCUCUUGGUGACAAUCAUUUUCGCGCAAUUGCUUCUUCCGCAAAACGUUUUCUGGAAGUUCUCCAUUUUGCGUUCGAUGGUUCAGAGGCUAGAUCUAUACCAAGAAGUGACUUUCAGAAUCAAGCUAUUGAAGGAAUUUCUCUCUACCUCAAUACUAUCUGUUAUGAGGCCUUAGAAGAUCUUCGAGAAAGGAUAGAGAUGAAAUUUGUCCGUAAUCAGAUGAGAUACCUGCGCCAAGAAGCCUAUGGACAGUCCAGGACAGAUCGGGUUCCUGCUGCAAGCUCGAUGACAGAUCUAUACCAAGAGGCCUAUGGAGAAUCAUCGCAUGAACAGAUUCCUAAUAUCUCAAUGACAGAUCUAUACCAAGAGGUCUAUGGAGAAUCAUCGCAUGAACAGAUUCCUAAUAGAUCGAAACACCUUCUUACCAAGAUCAAGGCUUUGUAUGCUAACAAUCCGAAGCAUCAUGGAGAAGGCACAAGUUCUAGAAAUAUCCAUGUUCAAACAAGUCAAUUGCGUCAUGGAGAAUGCUCAAGUUCAAGUAACAUCCAUGCUCAAACAAGUCAUAUGCUCCGCCAUGACUAUCAGUCCACCUCCCAUUUGGCAGCAUUGCUGGAUAAGUUGAGCUUAAGAGAGAACCAUAAUGAUGCAAUCACGCAACAACUAUCUGAUAUUCCAAUUCCACCUGAUGAGAGAACUUUGUUCGUGACAUUUUCUAAUGGCUACCCACUGACCAAAGAUGAACUACAUGAAUUUUUUAUGAGGCACUAUGGAGAUAUUGAAGAAAUAAGUGUAGAGGAGCCAAUCGAAAGUAGGCCACCACUUUACGCACACGUUACAUUUUACUCGCAGAUGACACUAUUCCGUGUUCUUGAUGGGAACAGGAGAGUCAAGUUCAUGACCAGGGGAAAACAUCUAUGGGCUCGACAGUAUGUGCCAAAGAAGAAGAAACCUGAUGUCUGAUGACCAAAGCCUGAUUUCAUAAACAUUCAAGAACAUUCUAUGCCAAGCAUUCCGGAAGCAUACUCGAAUAGAAUCUGCACUUGUAAGAUUAUUCUUGUGCAUAUCUAAUUCUUGUGCUUUCUGCACCUUAUUACACAUUUGUAACCCAAAUUUAUGGACAUUGUUCUGAACUUCUUAUGUACGUAUGACAUUCUGAGGACUCAAAUUUGUACUUGUGAAGGAUUAUAAAUCCAUAUUAUUGGUACGU